GCAGCCGCGGGGGCAGCGCCCUCGGGGAGCCGGCCGGCCGGCGGCGGCGGCAGCGGCGGCGUUUCUCGCCUCCUCUUCGUCUUCUUUUCUAACCGUGCAGCCUCUUCCUCGGCUUCUCCUGAAAGGGAAGGUGGAAGCUGUGGACUCGGGCGGGAGCCGGCUGAGGCGCGGCGGCUGCACCUCCCGCUCCUGGAGCGGGGGGCAGAAGCGGCGGCGGCGGCGGCGGCUGCAGCUCCGGGGAGGGUGUCGGAGUCGCCUGUCACCAUUUCCAGGGCUGGGAACGCCGGAGAGUUGGUCUCUCCCCUUCUACUGCCUCCAACACGGCGGCGGCGGCGGCGGCACAUCCAGGGACCCGGGCCGGUUUUAAACCUCCCCUCCGCCGCCGCCGCACCCCUCCUGGCCCGGGCUCCGGAGGCCGCCGGAGGAGGCAGCCGUUGCGAGGAUUAUUCUUCUCCCCAUUCCGCUGCCGCCGCUGCCAGACCUCUGGCUGCUGAGGAGAAGCAGGCCCAGUCGCUGCAACCAUCCAGCAGCCGCCGCAGCAGCCAUUACCCGGCUGCUGUCCAGAACCAAGCGGCAGCAGAGCGAGGGGCAUCAGCCACCGCCAAGUCCAGAGCCAUUUCCAUCCUGCAGAAGAAGCCCCGCCACCAGCAGCUUCUGCCAUCUCUCUCCUCCUUUUUCUUCAGCCACAGGCUCCCAGACAUGACAGCCAUCAUCAAAGAGAUCGUUAGCAGAAACAAAAGGAGAUAUCAAGAGGAUGGAUUCGACUUAGACUUGACCUAUAUUUAUCCAAACAUUAUUGCCAUGGGGUUUCCUGCAGAAAGACUUGAAGGCGUAUACAGGAACAAUAUUGAUGAUGUAGUAAGGUUUUUGGAUUCAAAGCAUAAAAACCAUUACAAGAUAUACAAUCUAUGUGCUGAAAGACAUUAUGAUACCGCCAAAUUUAACUGCAGAGUUGCACAGUAUCCUUUCGAAGACCAUAAUCCACCACAGCUAGAACUUAUCAAACCCUUUUGUGAAGAUCUUGACCAAUGGCUAAGUGAAGAUGACAAUCAUGUAGCAGCAAUUCACUGUAAAGCUGGAAAGGGACGAACUGGUGUAAUGAUUUGCGCAUAUUUGUUACAUCGGGGCAAAUUUUUAAAGGCACAAGAGGCCCUAGAUUUCUAUGGGGAAGUAAGGACCAGAGACAAAAAGGGAGUAACUAUUCCCAGUCAGAGGCGCUAUGUAUAUUAUUAUAGCUACCUGUUAAAGAAUCAUCUGGAUUAUAGACCAGUGGCAUUGUUGUUUCACAAGAUGAUGUUUGAAACUAUUCCAAUGUUCAGUGGCGGAACUUGCAAUCCUCAGUUUGUGGUCUGCCAGCUAAAGGUGAAGAUAUAUUCCUCCAAUUCAGGACCCACACGACGGGAAGACAAGUUCAUGUACUUUGAGUUCCCUCAGCCGUUGCCUGUGUGUGGUGACAUCAAAGUAGAGUUCUUCCACAAACAGAACAAGAUGCUAAAAAAGGACAAAAUGUUUCACUUUUGGGUAAAUACAUUCUUCAUACCAGGACCAGAGGAAACCUCAGAAAAAGUAGAAAAUGGAAGUCUAUGUGAUCAAGAAAUUGAUAGUAUUUGCAGUAUAGAGCGUGCAGAUAAUGACAAGGAAUAUCUAGUACUCACUUUAACAAAAAAUGAUCUCGACAAAGCAAAUAAAGACAAGGCCAACCGAUACUUUUCUCCAAAUUUUAAGGUGAAGCUGUACUUCACAAAAACAGUAGAGGAGCCAUCAAAUCCAGAGGCUAGCAGUUCAACUUCUGUAACACCAGAUGUUAGUGACAAUGAACCUGAUCAUUAUAGAUAUUCUGACACCACUGACUCUGAUCCAGAGAAUGAACCUUUUGAUGAAGAUCAGCAUACACAAAUUACAAAAGUCUGAUUUUUUUUUUAUCAAGAGGGAUAAAACACCAUGAAAACAAACUUGAAUAAACUGAAAAUGGACCUUUUUUUUUAAUGGCAAUAGGACAUUGUGUCAGAUUACCAGUUAUAGGAACAAUUCUCUUUUCCUGACCAAUCUUGUUUUACCCUAUACAUCCACAGGGUUUUGACACUUGUUGUCCAGUUGAAAAAAGGUUGUGUAGCUGUGUCAUGUAUAUACCUUUUUGUGUCAAAAGGACAUUUAAAAUUCAAUUAGGAUAAAUAAAGAUGGCACUUUCCCAUUUUAUUCCAGUUUUAUAAAAAGUGGAGACAGACUGAUGUGUAUACGUAGGAAUUUCUCAUUUUGUGUUCUGUCACCAACUGAAGUGGCUAAAGAGCUUUGUGAUAUACAGGUUCACAUCCUACCCCUUUGCACUUGUGGCAACAGAUAAGUUUGCAGUUGGCUAAGAGGAGUUUCUAAAGGGUUUUGCUACAUUCUAAUGCAUGUAUUCGGGUUAGGGGAAUGGAGGGAAUGCUCAGAAAGGAAUAUGUUUUACGCUGGACUCUGGACCAUGUACCAUCUCCAGCUAUUUACACGCACCUUUCUUUAGCAUGCUACAGUUGUUAAUCUGGACAUUUGAGGAAUUGGCCGCUGUCACUGCUUGUUAUUUGUGCAUUUUAUUUUUUUUAAGCAUAUUGGUGCUAGAAAAGGCAGCUAGAGGGAGUGAAUCUGUAUAGGGGUACAGGAAUGAACCUUCCACAACAUCUUAAGAAUCCACAAAUGAAGGGAUAUAAAAAUAAUGUGGUCAUAGAUAAGAAACACAGCAACAAUGACUUAACCAUAUAAAUGUGGAGGCUAUCGACAAAGAAUGGGCUUGAAACAUUAUAAAAAUUGACAAUGAUUUAUUAAAUAUGUUUUCUCAAUUGUAAUGACUGCUCCAUCUCCUGUGUAAUCAAGGCCAGUGCUAAAAGUCAGAUGCUAUUAUUACCUACAUCAGUCAACAACUUACAUUUAUUUUAUUAGUUUUCAAUCGUAUACCUGCUGUGGAUGCUUCAUGUGCUGCCUAAAAGCUUCUUUUUUCUCAUUAAAUAUAAAAUGUUUUGUAAUGCUGCACAGGAAAUUUCAAUUUGAGAUUCUACAGUAAGCGGUUUUUUUUCCUUUAAAGAUUUAUGAUGCACUUAUUCAAUCCAAUAGAUGUCAGCCGUUCCACCCUUUUGACCUUACACAUUCAUUACAAUGAGUUUUGCAGUUUUGCACAUUUUUUAAAUGUCAUUAACUGUUAGGGAAUUUUACUUGAAUACUGAAUACAUAUAAUGUUUAUAUUUAAAAGGACGUUAUUUGUGUUAAAAAGGAAAUUAGAGUUGCAGUAAAUUUUCAACACUGCACAAAUAAUGUCAUUUACUUUUUCAGUAGAAAUUGUCCCACAUAAUGCUUUUAUCAAUUUGCUAUUGAAAGAAUAGAUUUUUUUAAAUGUGCAGUGUUGAAUCAUUUCUUCAUAGUGCUAGAGUUAGGACAAGGGCUUCAAUUUCACUUCUUAAAUAUCAUAUAUUUGAUAUGCCCAGACUGCAUACGAUUUUAAGCAGAGUACAACUACUAUUGUAAAGUUAAUGUGAAGAUAUGAUUAAAAAGAAUUUUUUCCCCCAGAAAUUUGGUAUCUUUCAAAUGAUACCUUGACCUUGAAACAUUUGACCAUCCAGCCAAUUUAUUUCUUAAUGGUGUAAAAUCUCAUUUUCAAUAACUUAUUGGUGCUGAGAUUGUUCACUAGCUGUGGUCUGACCUAGUUAAUUUACAAAUACAAAUUGCAUAGGACCUACUAGAGCAGCAUUUAUAGAGUUUGAUGGUAAAUAGAUUAGGCAGAACUUCAUCUAAAAUAUUCUUAGUAAAUAAUCUUGACAUGUUUUCCAUACCUCAUCAGUUUCAUUCAACAAAUAAAAUUUUAAAAUUUUUAACAAAGCUGUUAGGAUUUACACAUUUAUAUUUAAACAUUGAUAUAUAGAGAAUUGAUUGACUGCUCAUAAGUUAAAUUGGUAAAGUUAGAGACACCUAUUCCUAAGAUCUCAUCAUUGAAAUUUAUAUGUCACCUUGUCUUUCAUAAAAGCUGAAAACUGUUGACUAAAAUGAAAAUCAACUAUUCAUGUUUUGAAGAUGGUUAUUAAUACUGUUAUUUGUUACAGUUUUGGGCACAGUAUAUUAAAGCGUAACUUGUAUGGUUCCAAUAUGUAACAUGGAGGGCCAGGUCAUAAAUAAUGACAUUAUAAUGGGCUUUGCACUGUUAUUAUUUUUCCUUUGGAAUGUGAAGGUCUGAAUGAGGGUUUUGAUUUUGAAUGUUUCAGUGUUUUUGAGAAGCCUUGCUUACAUUUUAUGGUGUAGUCAUUGGAAAUGGAAAAAUGGCAUUAUAUAUAUUAUAUAUAUAUAAAUAUAUAUUAUACAUACUACUCUCCUUUAUUUCAGUUACCACGCCCAUAGAAUUUGACAAGAAUUGCUAUGACUGAAAGGUUUUUGAGUCCUAAUUAAAACUUUAUUUAUGACAGUAUUCAUGAUUAGCCUGAAAUGCAUUCUGUAGGUAAUCUCUUUGAGUUUCUGGAAUGUUUUCUUAGACUUUUUGGAUGUGCAGCCGCUUACAUGUCUGAAGUUACUUGAAGGCAUCACUUUUAAGAAAGCUUACAAUUGGGCCCUGUACCAUCCCAAGUCCUCUGUAGCUCCUCUUGAACAUUUUUUGCCAUAAUUAUUAAAGGGUAGUUGAAUAAAUAGCAUCACCAUUCUUUGCUGUGGCACAGGUUAUAAACUUAAGUGGAGUUUACUGGCAGCAUCAAAUGUUUCAGCUUUAAAAAAUAAAAGUAGGGUACAAGUUACUGUUUAGUUCUAGAAAAUUUGUGCAAUAUGUUCAUAACGAUGGCUGUGGUUGCCACAAAGUGCCUCGUUUACCUUUAAAUACUGUUAAUGUGUUAUGCAUGCAGAUGGAAGGGGUGGAACUGUGCACUAAAGUGGGGGCUUUAACUGCAGUGUUUGGCAGAGUUGCCUUCUACCCUGCCAGUUCAAAAGUUCAAUCUGUUUUCAUAUAGAAUAUAUAUACUAAAAAAUUUCAGUCUGUUAAACAGCCUUACUCUGAUUCAGCCUCUUCAGAUACUCUUGUGCUGUGCAGCAGUGGCUCUGUGUGUAAAUGCUAUGCACUGAGGAUACACAAAAAAUUACGAUGUGUACAGGAUAAUGCCUCAUACCAAUCAGAUGUCCAUUUGUUAUUGUGUUUGUUAACAACCCUUUAUCUCUUAGUGUUAUAAACUCCACUUAAAACUGAUUAAAGUCUCAUUCUUGUCA